AUGCCAAGGAGUUGUUGUUUUGUAGGUUUCACAAACAAUUGUAAAAAAAAUAAUGAAUUCAAAUUUUAUCGUAUUCCUAAGAAUGAAGCGGUCAGAAGAAAAUGGUUAAAUGCAAUUAAUCGUGCUGCAGAUAGCACUUCGUCAAAACAGUGGUCUCCUACGUCUUCGAAUGUUUAUGUUUGCUCAGCACACUUUAUUAUUGGUAAAAGAGAGCUCUUUGAGAAACAUCCAAGUUCAGUUCCAUCAAUUUUUGAUACUGGAAUGAAAGGUUCUCCUCAAAGAAAUACCAACAAUCACAAAAUCAACCGAGUCAAAAUAAGUGUUCCUGCAUGCAAAAAAUUAAAACUAUGUGCUCAAUCAAUUAGUGAGGAUGUUGAUUUUGUCAUUGAAAAACGGAGUUUUAGUAACAAAGAAAUCGAUAUCCAAGUUAGUACUGAAGAUUAUUUGCAGCAAUCUGAUAUCAGUAAUCCUAUAUGCUCUAAAAAUUUUUUAGAACAAUCUUCCAGUCAUGAAUUUAGUGUUCCUAUAAUUACUGAAGAUGUUUAUGUUCAAGAUUCCAGUAAGAGUUAUAUACAAGAAAGACAACAACUAUAUAGUGAAAUAAAUAAUCUUCGAUUAGAAAGAGAUUUAUUUAUGUCGAAGUGGAUAUCAUUAAAAGAUAGCAAUUGCAGUUUAGGAAUAAAUAAAAUUCGAGCCAAUCCUGAUAAGUGCAAUAUGCUCACUGGACUUAAUCUUCCUGUUUUAGAAAAACUGUUGAGUUUCCUAUGCAAAGGAACUCCAGAAAUUAAAUUAAGGCGCCACAUUAACUUUGAUAUGUUAUCAUUUAUGUUUGAUAUUAAAAAAACUACUGCCUUGGAUAACUUUUGGAAAUGGAUUGAUAUUAUGUAUGUGAAAUUAAAAUAUUUAAUAAAAAUGCAAGAUCUAGAUUAUAUAUACGAAACAUUUCCUCCUGUUUUUAAACACAAAUUCCCAAGACUAACAUCAAUUAUUGAUUGUUUUGAGGUUUUUGUGGAAUCUCCAUCAUCUCUAAUGGCAAGAGCACUAUUUUACAGCCAAUAUAAAAAACAUUGUACAAUAAAAUGUCUCAUUUCAUGCACACCUAACGGAACGAUUAACUUUAUUUCCAAAUGCUAUGGUGGAAGAGCUUCUGACAAUCAAAUAACUCGGGAAUCAGAAUUUGCAUCUAGCAAGUACCAUAUGCCAGGCGAUCAAAUCUUAUUAGAUAGAGGUUUUACUUUACAAGACGAUUUUGCAGCUGGAAGUUGCUCUAUAUUAAUAAAUCCAGCUUUUACAAAGGAUAAAGCACAACUUUCUGCUUCGGAGGUAGAAAAAUCUCGCAAAAUAUCAUCUGUUAGAAUUCACAUAGAAAGAGUUAUUGGGCUGUUGAAAAAUCGUUACACCAUUGUUCAAGGUGUAUUGCCUUUACAAACUGUUAAAAACAUUACUGAUGAAGCUACCUCAGUUACUCUUUCUAAUUGUGACAAAAUGUAA